AUGCAGACAAUCACUGUAACAUGUGUAACAGUGUCAUUGAUACGAUUUCUCUUCUGUACACUGAUACUUCUAUCAUUGCAAGCAUAUGCGUGUACAAAUUGUUGGGUGUUAUUUAAUAACAAGUGUUAUGCCUUUACUGAAUCUUUUAUGAGAUGGGCUACAGUAAGAUCCUUUUGUCAGAAAUUCGGAGACGAUGGUGAUAUGCUGGUCAUAAAAACUCUAGCGGAAUUGAGUUUUUUGAAGACGGAAUUAAGGAGGAGAAAAAAAUAUUACUGGACUGGUGCAACAGAUGAGGGAGAUGAAGGUAACUGGCGAUGGAUUGAUGGAAGCCCAUGGGACCCUGAAAUUGGAAAACGGAUGUGGUAUCAUAGUUCCGGUCAACCAAGGAUUAACUCGAAGUACAACUGCGCAUAUUCUAGACCAAUUGCGGACUGGGACAGCAUGUAUUGCACUAAAUCAACUCGAGCUCUAUGCAAGAGAUCAUUAGUCGUAGGCCUAAGUCUCUGGACGGAAUGGGGAGAGUGUUCAAAAACAUGUGGAGAUGGAAAUAGAUCUCGUACUCGAAAAUACGAUAAUCCAACACCAGCUGAUGGAGGGAAUGAUUGCAAUGACAACAAUGCUCUAAUGGAAACCCAGUUCUGUAAACUUAUAGAUUGUCCUGUCAAUGGGGGUCUUGGUUCUUGGACAGCAUGGGAACAAUGUUCUACCACGUGUGGAGAUGGAGAGAAAAUCCGCACCAGGGAAUGCAAUAACCCUGCUCCAGCUUACGGUGGUGAUGAGUGCAUUGCCGAUGAUUUGACAGAAAAGAUGUCCUGUAAAAUUCAAGAAUGCCCUGUUAAUGGAGGUCCUGGUACAUGGGCACAAUGGGAACAAUGUUCUACCACGUGCGGAGAUGGAGAGAAAAUCCGCACCAGAGAGUGCAGUAACCCUGCUCCAGCUUACGGAGGAGAUGAAUGCAAUGCCACUGAUUUGACAGAAAGGAUAUACUGUAAAGUUCAAGAGUGUCCUGUUAAUGGAGGUCCUGGUACUUGGACAGCAUGGGAACAAUGUUCUACCACAUGUGGAGAUGGAGAGAAAAUCCGCACCAGAGAGUGCAAUAAUCCUGCUCCAGCUUACGGAGGAGAUGAAUGCAAUGCCACUGAUUUGACAGAGGGAAUAUACUGUAAAGUUCAGGAGUGUCCCGUUAACGGAGGUCCUGGUACUUGGACAACAUGGGAACAAUGUUCUACCACGUGCGGAGAUGGAGAGAAAAUCCGCACCAGAGAGUGCAAUAAUCCUGCUCCAGCUUACGGAGGAGAUGAAUGCAAUGCUACUGAUUUGACAGAGGGAAUAUACUGUAAAGUUCAAGAGUGUCCCGUUAACGGAGGUCCUGGUACUUGGACAACAUGGGAACAAUGUUCUACCACGUGCGGAGAUGGAGAGAAAAUCCGCAUCAGAGAGUGCAAUUAUCCUGCUCCAGCUUACGGAGGAGAUGAAUGCAAUGCCACUGAUUUGACAGAGAGGAUAUACUGUAAAGUUCAAGAGUGUCCUGGUAUGACAAUUAACCAUUGGAAAUGCAGAUUCAUGCAUGUUUAUGAUUUAACAGAGAAUAUAUACUGUAAGGUUUAA